GCUCGGGCGGUGGCGGAGCGGCCAUGUCGGGCGGGCGGGCGUCGGUCUGCCUGUGGCGGCUCUGCAACAUCCUCAUGGCUGCGUUCUUCGGGCUGGCGGCCGCCGUGCAGGUGAACGACCCCGACGCCGGGCUCUGGACGGUUGUCUACUUAGCGCCAGCUGCUCUGACACUGCUUGUCAGUAUAAACCCCUCAAUAACAGGUAACAGUGUUUGGAGGCUCCUCUGCAACCUUCAUUCUGCUGGUUGUGUUGUUGGGAUCAUUGCCUUGGCUCACUCUUUGUUUGCUUAUGCUCAAGGAAACAUUUUGCACGAAGAAGAAGGCAGAGAGCUGCUUGGUCUGGCGAUUAUUGCAAUAUGGAUGAGUCUGUGUCGUAGUUCAGCCAAGAGCCCACUGGCUGGAGCUGGCUUGGUCGCUGCAGUUGUGGUCGCCCUCUUGCCCUUUGUUUCCUGGUUGUACAUAUCUGUGAACAAGGAGAUGCGAGCCUCUUGGCCCACACACUGUAAAACAGUCAUUUAGCUGGGUGGCAGAGUACAGAAUGCAUGCCCUGGAGUGACUGGCUAUUUAUUGGGUCUUAAGGGAAAGUCAGCAUCAGCCUGAGAGCACCUCAGAAUCUUUGGCUGCUUCUAGCAGUGCAGUUUGGAGUUGGCCAGGAAACCUGAGGACCACUGUCACAGCAAGUGAGAAAUUCUCUGUUGUUCAGGUAGCUGCUCCAACCAUCCAGUGUGUUCCAGUGGCCAAGCCUGGCAUCCCCGGAUCACCCUCCAGCUGCCUUGUACUUGAGGAAUUUUGUUCUGUAACACAAGACAGGAACAGAGCAAAUGCUUUGGUUCAAUGCAUGACUGCAGUAAAUAAACGACUAAAUAAAUUA